CACCCAGCCCACCCCGCCCCGGCCGACGGCUGCGGCUGACCUGGAUCCUCCGAGCGCGCGCCGGCCGGCGGUGAUCCUUCUUCGUCUUCCGGCUGGUUUUCGGAGCGCUAGGAGCUCUCUGCUCGCGGCCGCUCUCGCCGGACCCCAGGACCCAGAUGGCUCGGAUGGGGCUUGCGGGUGCUGCUCGACGCUGGUGGGGACUCGCUCUCGGCUUGACCGCAUUCUUCCUCCCAGGUAACCACACACAGGUGGUCCAGGUGAACGACUCCAUGUAUGGUUUCAUCGGCACAGAUGUGGUGCUGCACUGCAGUUUCGCCAAUCCACUGCCUGGUGUGAAGAUCACCCAGGUCACGUGGCAGAAGGCCACCAAUGGCUCCAAGCAAAAUGUGGCCAUCUACAACCCAGCCAUGGGUGUCUCUGUGCUGAUUCCCUACCGCGAGCGCGUGGAAUUCCUUCGGCCCUCCUUCACUGAUGGUACCAUCCGCCUCUCCCGUCUGGAGCUGGAAGAUGAGGGUGUCUACAUCUGUGAGUUUGCCACCUUCCCUGCUGGCAAUCGAGAGAGCCAGCUCAAUCUCACUGUGAUGGCCAAACCCACUAACUGGAUAGAGGGCACCCAGGCAGUGCUUCGAGCCAAGAAGGGGCACGAUGAUAAGGUCCUGGUGGCAACCUGCACCUCUGCCAAUGGGAAGCCACCCAGUGUGGUGUCCUGGGAAACACGACUGAAGGGUGAGGCGGAGUUCCAGGAGAUCCGGAACCCCAAUGGCACAGUGACUGUCAUCAGCCGCUACCGCCUGGUGCCCAGCCGGGAAGCCCACCAGCAGUCCCUGGCCUGCAUAGUCAACUACCACAUGGACCGCUUCCGGGAAAGUAUCACCGUCAGUGUGCAGUACGAGCCCGAGGUGACCAUCGAGGGGUUUGAUGGGAAUUGGUACCUGCAGCGGAUGGAUGUAAAGCUCACGUGCAAAGCUGACGCUAACCCCCCAGCCACUGAGUACCACUGGACCACGCUGAAUGGCUCUCUCCCCAAGGGCGUGGAGGCCCAGAACAGAACCCUCUUCUUCAGGGGGCCUAUCAACUAUAGCCUGGCAGGAACCUACAUCUGCAAAGCCACCAACCCCAUUGGCACCCGCUCAGGCCAGGUGGAGGUCAAUAUCACAGAAUUCCCCUACACCCCAUCUCCUCCUGAACAUGGGCGGCGAGCCGGGCCAGUGCCCACGGCCAUCAUCGGGGGCGUGGCAGGGAGCAUCCUGCUGGUGCUGAUUGUGGUUGGCGGGAUCGUGGUGGCCCUGCGCCGGCGCCGUCACACCUUCAAGGGUGACUACAGCACUAAGAAGCACGUAUACGGCAACGGCUACAGCAAGGCGGGCAUCCCCCAGCACCACCCGCCCAUGGCCCAGAACCUACAGUACCCUGACGACUCAGAUGAUGAGAAGAAGCCUGGCCCACUGGGAGGGAGCAGCUACGAGGAAGAAGAGGAGGAGGAGGGCGGUGGAGGGGGUGAGCGCAAAGUGGGCGGCCCCCACCCCAAAUACGAUGAGGACACCAAGAGGCCCUACUUCACGGUGGAUGAGGCAGAAGCCUGUCAGGACAGUUACGGGGACCGGACUCUGGGCUACCAGUAUGACCCUGAGCAGCUGGACUUGGCCGAGAACAUGGUUUCUCAGAACGACGGGUCUUUCAUUUCCAAGAAGGAGUGGUACGUGUAGUCCCCUCUCCAGAGCCUCUGUCUGCUCCCCUUCUACCCAGACCCCACCCGCACGCCCCCCACCCUCCCCCUCCCACCCAGUCCUCCAGGAGCUCACAGAGACUCAGCCAGCUGCCCAAAGCCAGCCCUGCACUCCCAGGGAGCCCGGAAGCCCAGGGCAGAUACACCCGAGUUUUGUUUUGAUGUCCUCCCUGUCCCCAGUCCUCCCCAUGGUGCUGUGUUCACUGUGGCUUUGGUGUUGCUGUACCUCUCCUCCCUGACCAUAGCCACCUGCCCUCUCUGCAGGGAGCCCUAGUCGCGUCUCAUGGGCAUCCCUCCAGGGUUUGGGGACCAUCCCUCCCCCACCCCCCAACACUGGAAUUGAUUUGUGUCCUCUCCAUUGGGGGUGAGAGGAUGAAGGGCCUCCAAGGGGAAAAGCCCCACCCACCCCCAGAUGCUGCUCCUGUUUUCCCAGGAAGAGGGGACCCAGCACAUCACCACUCACCAUGGGCUGACACAGCCGGCAGUUUUGACCCCGAUCUAGACAGCAGCUGCACCCAACAGGUAGGGGGUGUGUUGUGUCUUCCCCAGAGCACCCCGAGUUGUCUGACUUGUUAAGUGAAUCAAGUUGAGGUCCCACUUGGGGCCAUGGACUGUGUUUUCCUGGUGAGUUGGUUUUACAUUUUUUUCCCUCAUUGGCCUACAGAGAGUGAAGCUGGCCCAGCUCUGGCAGGACCCUCUUCUUUACCCCACUAUGCUUCUGCUCCCCACAAAGUGGGGCUCCAGGUGGACUCUGGCCCACACUUCCCACAUACCUCUACUGACACAUACACAUACUGACUCGCGCACACACACCACCCCGUCUGUCCCUGCGUACCCCCUGGGGUCACAGGCCUUACCCAGGCUGGACACUGCCCAAGGCCUGCACCGCUCUAUUCCACUUCGUCCCCCUUCCCAGCUGACGAUGGGGCAGCCCUCAGAAACUUCCAGGACAGCUGAGACUAGGCCCCCUGAUACCUCUACCCUAGGAUCUCAGACUGGCCCUAAACUACUUCUUACAGCAUGGAAGUUUCUCAGAUUUCUCCCUUAUCUGUCAAGUGCAAGCAACUCUUGAUUCUUUGGAGAAGUCAGGGCUGGGAUCCCAGAAGGGACAUGCCUCCAGGAGUUAGAUCUAAGAAAGUACCAAUGUGGAGGGCAUGAGGAAGGAAGCCGUGUGGUAGAAUCUCUGCAAAUACAGUCGCGGACUGAAGGGUGCAGGCAGCACCUCGCCCAUGAAGGCCAGAAGUGCAAGGGGUGUGUGGGAUCCAGGGGUCCCAAGUCAGAAGCUCCUGCUCGUCACUAUCCCUGGUCUCUAUUCUAGAUGAGGGGGGCCUUGGAGAAGCUUCCCCUUUGAGUUGUAGAUGCCCCCUGAAUGGGCCUUGGGCUCCUGUCAGUCACCCAACACUCGGCCUUCCCAUCUCUACAAUGGGGGAAGGCCCCUCCUAGCCCUCUCAGUUACCCCAGCUCAAAGUGCCUCAGUUCCUCCAUCUACCCCCCACCCCCCUGCCGGCAUUCUAGAUGGGAAAGACCCUGGGAUGGGAAAGGCAGGUUCAUGCCUCCCCAUUGGGAUUCCAAUGAACUCAGCCCAGGGUGUCAAGGGCUCUAUAUGAUGGCAAGUGUUAGGGGGGAGGGGGGUGUGCAGACCACUCUGUGCCCCACGGGCACUCACCUGCCCUGCCAUAGGCUUCCCAGGGGAGCUCUUAAGCCCCUGCCCUGUUCCUCCCUUCCCUGGUGCUGUUAUUGGACCCCCAGCCAGCUCUCUGCCCUGGCCACCCUGAACCCUCCAGCUGGGCCACCCUCACCUGGCCCACACUACCCUAGUCCCAGCCCAUGCCACCCAGUAGCCACGUAGCAGAAAUCUGAAGCCAUGCCAGCCCUGGGGCAGCUCUCCCCUCUUGGCAUGGGGGGUACUGGAUGGAAUGGAGUUGUGGGAGAAAAUUCUGGAGUCUUUGUAGCCAUAGGGCAGAGGGGUUUGAAGGAGCUGGGCUGCUUCUCCCAGCAGUAUUAGUGUCCCCCCCCAGGGCAGAGGCCCUUUUCCAUGGUACAUCACUGCCCCAUUCCACCUCAUGCCACUAUGACACCUCUGUCUGGUCCUCUUGCCCCCAGGCAGGAGGAAAUUCCAGAGACCUGCCUGAUAGAAUCGUUCUCUGUCCCCUAAAACCAUAAGACUAAAAGGAAUCCUACUCCUGUGUCUCCCUUACCCUGCACUGCCAGCCCCUAUUCCUCACUUUAUGAUGGACUUAGGAGGCGCCCAGGCCCAACCAAAGCACUGAGUCCCCCUUAAGACACCUCCUCAUACCACCCCCCCCCCCAAGUAAAGCACAAAUUGUGGUGCCUGAGCCACGUGGUAGCUCCUGCCUUACCAGGAGCCCAGCAGCAGUAUGUCCAGCAGGUUAGCUGCUACCCAACGCUGAGCAUGGGCAUGAGUCAGGGAUUGGCACUUGGGCCUGGGAGAUGUGGAUUUCUGUACCCCAAGUUUGUGGAGAGGUGGGUACUUGGCCCACAGACACAGCCACCUGGCAAAGGGGAGGUUUGGCCUAGCAGACAGAUGAGGAUGUUUCCCUUCUCCAUGACUCCAGACUGAGCUAAGCUUUUCCCCUUGCUGGAAAUGAAAUAAACUUGGUAUUAAUUGUGCCAAGACGUCCCCAAUUGUCGUUCUGCCUUUUGUUGCCCUUCCUGGCCUUGCCCACCCCCUACUCCACCUAUACCCAUUUCCUUACGAUUUUGAUAUUCUAAUAUGUAGAACCAUCUGAGGCCCUUUUACUGGAAGGAUCUGAAAAGCAACAGCACAGAGUCAGUGAACACAGCAUGCAAGUGCAGCCACGUCAGGCCCAGUACAUACAAGUACUCACAUGGGGGCCACACACAGCUCCGACACACCCAAGCACAGGCACACACUCGCACACACGCACACACCGCAGAGGAAUAGGCUGUCCUCCUGAAGCCUUUGAGGAAAGACGGUUUCCCAGUGCUCAGGCUGUAAGGGAGACACUCAGGAGCCCUGUUCCCAGGUCACGUGCCCCUUCCGCCAGCCCCCUCCCAGGUGCCCAAGUCACUGGUGCAAUAACUUUUCUGCCAUUCUCCAAGCAGAGGAACCAGGGAUUGUUAGGAGGGUGUGGGCAGCUCAUCUGGGACGAAGGGAGUAUUCCCAGGCCUCCUAGAGGCCAGACAGUCUUCUGAAGUCUGACUGUCACCAGCCACCCUCUCCUAGUGAGCAGCAGGUGGGUCUCUCCCAGGCUCCACACACCCACAGGGGGACGUGCUCUGGGCAUGGGUGCCCAGGAAGCAGACCCUGUGCCAGGGCCCAGAUAGUGAGGGCUUCUGGGGCCUUGCUGCUGCUGCUGCCACCGCCCAGAGGAGCCCUAGCCCCACUGGUGCUGCUGCUCUUCCGACCCCUGCUGUGAGGGAUGGUAUUCUUGGCCAGAAAAAAAUGGAUCUUUUUUUUUUGUAUAAAUGGAAACAACAUCCAGGAGAAGCUGCCACCCCUCCCCUCUGAGUGAUGCACAAGCUUUGCUUCAGUUUCUUUGUCACUGUUUUCAUCUUUGGUCCCAGGGAUGGCCUAGCAGAUUCUCCUGGUUCUGACCCAGGGGGUGUUUGCAUCACCCUCUUUUACCUGUAUUAAAAAACAAACAAACAAAAAAACUGAUGGGUUGAAAUAUGUACUAAAGAAAAAAAUGU